CUCUUGAGGUUGAGCCUAUUGCAAGAUCUGGACCAGUUAUCACUAGAUACAGUACAUUUAGUAACAGGAUGUUGAACGCGUAUGUAUAUCGAGUGUUUCUGAAAACCUUAAAACCCAAUAGCAGUUCUUGGAAACCAUCUGAAUCAAACUCAACUAAUUCCAAAUUCUUCUCAAAUAGUAGAAACCGAAGCCUUUCCUCAGCAUACAAUUUAAACCUAGAAACCCGGGUAUUAAAGGAGAAGAGAUGGUUUGAUUGGUCUUCUAGACACAGUAGAUCUGUAAGAUCCAAUCCUGAAGUAGCUUCUAACUCUACGACACGAACUUGUGGGUUGCUUCUUAUAGCAGAUCAUACAUUUCAUCAUGAGGAAGCUUGAUACAAUGGGUGGAGGUUCUUCAGGUCAAAUUGGUCUUCAUGUGGCAGGCUUAGGGAUUCUUACAUCACAACAUUAUCAGGAUAACUUACUGAGGGGACCCUUUUCCACACCUGAGGAGUAUCUUCGAGCCUUCUCCAGAUAUCAAUUUGAUGGAUAUUGCCUCGCUGUACUCUUUUCCAACAGAGUUCUUGGCAAUCAUGUUCUAGGAUUAUCCUGGCAAGGCAAUCAUAUCAGAGGGUCUGGAGCAGGAGUGUGUCAGAAAAGACGGUUUGUUGAAACAGGAAAAGGAGAAAAGGAACAGUAUAACCUGAACAGCCUUUUCAUUACUUUAAGAACUGAAAAGACUGAAAGAAUACCUCUCCGAAUGGGAGUCUUGAACCUUGCUCAUGAAAUCCUUCAUAGCUUUGGAGCUAACCAUGAUAAUUCUUCUUGUACUCCACAGAAUAUUAGACUGUCUGGUGGAUAUUUGAUGAGUAAAUAUUCUGGGACUGGUUUAUUUAACAACAAUGAGUUAAUCUCUUCAUGUACACAACAGAGCCUAACAGAUAGUUUGUCGAAUCCAGAUCAAACUCACUGUCUCGAACAUGUAAAUACAGGAUACUGUGGGGAUGGUAGAGUGGAUGAAGGGGAAGAAUGUGAUUGUGGGGGUGUGGCGAACUGUUUAAAAGAGCGGAGCUGCUGUACUCCACCAGGAUUAAGAAGAGGGGAGGAGGAGUGUAGAUGGAGGAGAAGGAUUACAGAAUGCAGAAACAAGACUGAAUUAUCAGAAACAGAGCUGUUUUCUACCCAACAUAAACCUUACAGUAAACUGACCAGUAGGAGAGGGUUCAGGAGAAAACAAAACAAAUUCUCCAGAAGUUUAAAUAAACCAGAAAAACGCCGAAGGAAAUAUAUGAUAAAUCUGAACUCUAUGAAUGAACAGCAGAGUGAUUCUAUGAGAAAGGUUUGCAGUAUCCUUGGAUUACAGGGCUGUAGCUGUAUUGGUUCCUGUAGUUCCUGUUGUAUGGAUCAGUCAGGGAACUGUGUUAAAGUGUCAGAUCUUAUUUAUAAAUUUUUCAGGAGAGUUCAAAGAAAGAUCAGUUCGUGUCCCUACAGCGUUCUCCAGUGUGUUUCCUUCCAGUAUAUUAAUCAGUACCAGGAGCAGAAAACACAGUUUCAGGAUACAUGGUUCAACCCAACACCUGGAGAUAAGGAUUCUAAACCCUGGAUUGAGGUGCUGAGAGGGUUUUCGGGUUUAGCUCCCGACAAAACUGGAACUGUGAUUUGUCUCAAGACUGGAGCUGAUUCGAGCUGCUGGCAGAUUAAAUUGGAUUGUAAAUAAAUAUUUUACAAUGAAAUACAAAUUAUUUUUAUAAUUAA